GACGUGCGACGCGAUACGUGCCAGGCGCGUUUGCGCGAGUCGUGCGGAGUCGAGUCGGGUCGAGUGUGUCCGCGAGGUGCUUGCGCGGCCCCUUUUACCCCCGAGGUGUUUCCCACGGAUUUUUCGGCCAGGCCGGUGCUCCACGCCCGGUGCGUGCACGCGCGGGAUCGAUUUAGGCCCGCGCCGACGUGCGAUUGAUGAACGCGGCGACGAGAACGCCGGAUCCGCCGCCGCGUCUUGAUGUAACGGCAUUUCCGGAAGGCGAACCGACGUCCGCUCGCGGAAUUUUUGGCACCGACGGGCACGCCGUUCAAAAGAACGUAUCGUCUGCGCUAAUCUAAAUUUGAACAUGUCGGAAGAGCAUCAGCUGCCUUCUGACUCGGAUGAAGAUGACGAAGAUUACGUUCCUGACGGCGCUGACAGCGAUCCGGUGUCCGAGGUAGAGUCCGAGGGCGAUAUUGAGAGCGGCCCGGAGGAUGAGAACGAUGAGAACAAGCGAGAGACUGGACGGAAGAGAGGCACGAGGAGAUCCAAGGGGCGAAGGAGUAAAAAGCGAAGAAAGGCGUUAGAAAAGUCGAAAGUGCCGGAGGAAGGAAGUAAAGAGGAGGAGGAGUGUAAGGAGCAAAAGGCGCUCACUGAGGAAGAGGAGAAGAAGAGAGCGGAUUCUCUCUGGGCUGAUUUCAUGAAGGAUACAGCUGUCCCGAAAUCAAAGCCACAGAAUUCAAUCAGUAAGUCGAACGAGAGAUUGCCGCCGAUUCAAAAGCCAAAAGUCCAAGAAAAGGUCAAGAUAACUAAGGUUUUCGAAUUCGCUGGUGAAGAAGUGAAGGUGGAGAAGGAAGUACCGAGUGAUUCCGCGGAAGCCAGAUUGUCGCUUUCCGCGGCCGAGAAUUCCACCGCGAAGCCACCGGCGUCGGCGUCACCAGCGGCCAGAGAACGAGAGCGAGGAGGUGGCGUUAGGCGCGUCGGAUUAGGCGGCAUCUCUUCGGUUCUAGGGCAGAUCGGGAAAAAGGCCAAAAUUAGUACGUUAGAAAAGUCCAAAUUAGACUGGGACAGCUUCAAGAAGCAGGAAAACAUUGAGGAAGAACUUAAUACUCACAACAAAGGCAAGGACGGGUAUCUAGAGCGGCAAGAUUUUCUGCAGAGAGCGGACCUACGGCAAUUUGAAAUCGAGAAGCAGUUACGGAAUACUAGCAGGCGUAGCACGCGGUGAAUUCGCAUUUCCUCGUCUUAUAUGCGUCUCUCCCUUCGAGAUGAAACGCUGAGAUAAUAAUAUCGCGGUAGGAGAUAUUUACUCUUCGACUUGCCAAACUCGAACGCUUGUUGCACACGUUUAGCCUAAUUUAUUCGAGUUUCGCGCUACAUUUUGAGUAAUACGCGACGGGAACGUCGCCUCGUUCGACUCGGCAACGCGCUGACUAUGCUAGCGAUCGAUGGUUCCUUUGAGGAGGGACCGAUCAUUCCAGUGUUUUUGAGACUCAUUUCUCACGCGUACGUAAUAUAAUAGCUUAAGUUACUCUCAGCGAGCCUUUGUCUCGGCCUGAUGACCGCACAGAACUUCGCAUCGAAGCAGAUUGUUCGAAGCUUUUGACGCUUCUCGGAAAGAUUGUGCCCAUGUAGAACAUGUCCACAAAAUAUUUUUUUAUUUCAUUUCAACGGAACGCGAUACGUUUGCAUGUGUAGUAUGAAUAUAUGCGACAUUCUAAGGAUAACGAUUAGCCGGAAGUUACGAGUGAGUACGGAGGAAUAUGUGUUUUUAGGUAACGUAACAAAUGGUAACAUAAUGACGUUGAUUGACCUCAUUCAUGACCACUGCCUCUGGCACUGCAUGUGGAAUAUUAUAUUUAUAAAUGGACCUCGUAAUAGGUAACAUAGAUUAUUGUGUUGAAGCAGUUGCGGCGAAUUUUGUAUAUCAUCGUCCACAUCUUGAACUGUUACAUAGGAAGAUAGUAAAGAUACAACACGUAAGACACAGACAUCGUUACUUUCAUGUAAUGUAUUAGAUAGCAAUAUCAACAUAAUACAUACAUAAGUAUACUCGAUACCCAAUUAACAAUCCUCGAUUCAGCUCAGGUUACUGUUUCCUCGAUAUACCGAAUUUGAGAUACAUUUUAGUGUAAUUCCACACAAGGACUGCUUUGUGAAUUCUUUAAUAAUAUUGCUGAAUAAAUUGUCGAAAAGA